AAUUGAUUUCCGUUUUCCGACACGACGGGUUGUGCACUUGUGCGUUCUGCCGCGGAAUUGUGGUUGUGCGGCGGGUCCCUUAUCUCUUAUCAGCGUUUAACAAUAUUAUUUUCCUAUGAUAAAGUAAUAAUUGUUUUUCAAUUUUCUUGCGAAGUUGCGAAUUGCGAUAAAAAUUUUAUAUUAAAACUCCCAACUAAAAUCAAAACCGUACCCACUAGUCACUACACGGUAACGUAAAACGUCAUCAACACUAUUCAUUGUACUUAAUACGUUUUAACUACUACUGCAACUGUUAUAGACCAAAUUUCACCAAUAUGGACAUGUUACGGAAAGCAUUGAGUGGUCAAGACCGAGACAAUGAUAGUUCUACUGGAAUAUUGCCUAAUGUUAAUCAAAUGUCGUCAUUAGAAUGGUCUACUCGUUUAAAAGGAUUUAUUGCCUGCUUUGUAAUUKGAAUUUUUUUUUCAUUUUUGGGUGCCACAGCAUUAGUAUUACCUCUACAUAGAAGAAUGGCUGUAUUUGGUAUAUUUUAUACACUUGGAAAUAUUACAUCACUUCUUAGUACUUGUUUUUUGAUGGGUCCAGUAAAACAAAUUAAAAAAAUGUUUUCGUCCUCUAGAGUUGUUGCAACCAUUAUUGCUCUUGCAAUGAUUGUCCUUACAUUAGUUGCUGCAAUUGGUAUGAAAAACGCUCCACUAACUUUUCUUUGCAUUAUUUUUCAAUUUUUGGCAUUGACAUGGUACUCUUUGUCUUACAUACCUUACGCUAGAGAUGCCAUAAAAAGUUCGAUGUCUACAAUCAUAGCAUAAUUCAUUGUUUUGAAAUUAAUAUAUCUAUUAUAUCCAAUUUAAUGAUAAACUAAAUUGUUAUCAUAGUAGAUAGAUUAUGAAAAUAGACACUAUGAUGAUAUCUAUCGCUUUGUUAAUCUGAUURUAUUUCAGUAUGUCAAUUUGUUAAAAUUUAUACUUAAUUAUUUAGCAUUUAAGCAACCUCAGUUAUAUGUCAAGUCAUUAUUUGUGUGUAGUUUAUACACUGUUGUUAUUAAUAUUAUUAUGGGUUUUUUUUAAUACAAGCAUUUAUUGAAAACAUAG